AUGUCCGACGUCUCACCUCCUACAACAGCAGCUACCAACAAACGACCCGCCUCACCUUCACCUUCCGCCGACUCAACAGCUCAAGCAUCUGCCAAGAGAGCCAAACCCGACGGAGAGUCUAAAUCUGAUACAGAGAAGAAAGGGGAAUCAAACGGUAACGGAGAAGCAGGAGAGCCCACUAAGAAGAAGAUGGAUGAAGUUGAGAUGGAGGGCGCCGAUGCUGGCCCCUCGAACACUCUCGCCCCCGCCCCUUCCUCAGUCCCAGCCGCACCAGUGAAAUCCGAAGCUCCCCCACAACAGAUCUCCAUGAGAUCAUUGAUCGUUACUCAAGAUGCCAGUAUCAUCAUUGGACGAGGUGGUGCUCAUGUCAAUGAAAUCAGAGAAAAAUCAAGCGCCCGAGUCACCGUCUCCGAAUCCAUCCCUGGCAAUCCCGAACGAAUCCUUAAUGUCUCUGGUGCUCUAGAUGCUGUCGCCAAGGCCUUUGGUCUUAUUGUGAGACGAAUCAACGAUGAACCAUUCGAUGUCGCCUCUGUCCCCGGAUCCCGUGCUGUCACUAUCAAAUUCAUCAUCCCCAAUUCGCGUAUGGGCAGUGUAAUUGGUAAAGGUGGUUCCAAGAUCAAGGAAAUCCAAGAAGCCUCCGGAGCAAGACUGAAUGCUAGUGAAGCUAUGUUACCAGGAUCCACCGAGCGAGUCCUGUCUGUGUCUGGAGUAGCUGACGCAGUGCACAUUGCGGUAUACUACAUCGGGACAAUCUUACUUGAAUACCAAGAACGUAAUCCUGGAGCAUCAACCAGCUCGUAUAGACAAGUUGGAGCUCGUAAUGGACCUCCAGGUGGUGGGGGUGGUGCACCCCCUCAAUUCAACAACAAAGAUCCCAACGCGCCUCCUCCACCCGGUAUGCAGACUCAACAGAUCUUUAUACCUAAUUCUCUAGUCGGUGCUAUCAUUGGUAAAGGCGGUUCAAAGAUCAAUGAGAUAAGGGGUCAAUCACAAUGUCAGAUCCGAGUGACCGACCCUGGGACUGCUGCACCUGGAACAGUCGCCAAUCCCGAAGAGAGACUGGUAACUAUUACUGGAUAUCCUCAUAACAUCAAUACGGCGGUAUCAUUACUAUAUGCUCGAGUGGAACAAGAGCGUACAAAGAUGUUAUCCCAGGAUCGUGUGUAG